GACAUUUAAGGCAUUUCUGGGGCACACGAAGCAUUUUGCGAUUGACAUUGUGAAAUGUAGCCCUCACACCCUGGCUGUUAAACAAAGCAACUGCAGUGGCAUCAUAGCAGUUUCUUGUUGAUUCUAUAUUCAUUUCUGGGAAGAGGGGGUGUAUCCAGGUGUCGUCAAGUUGUUUCCCAAUCUCCAAUAGAUGGAGGACGCUUCUUCGAGUCGAAAUCUGGUUGUGGCCGUGCCAAUGCCGCUCAGAGAAGACCCAGAGAUCACACUCGGAGCCUUGAGAUGGGUGAUCGACCAGGCUUUGAGACCAGGAGAUGUCGUGCAUGUGGUUCACGUGAUAAAGUGCAUGGUUCAGAAGCUGGAAGUUUACCAUGGGGUCCCUGGCACCUCCUAUUCCUUUGAGGAACCCGGCGGCAUCCAUCAUGAGAAUGAAGACUUUGCACGCGCCAAAAGCUUCCUUGCAGAGAGUGUGAUGCCGGUUCUGGAUGCAAGGGGCAUCCAGCACCAGACCCAUCUUUCUGUGGAGACCAUAGAGGCGCCCCCGAGCGCUGUGGCACAGAUUAUUUUCAGCGCAGCCGACAGCGUUGGCGCAGAUCUGGUGGUUUUAGGCGCCAACAGGAAGCCGGUCAGUGCAGAGGAUGGCUCUUUGGGGAAGGUUGCAAAGUACGCUCUGGACUAUGCGCAGAGGCCGUUGGUCAUCACAAGAGCCUUUCAGCCAGUCCCUGUCGCUCCAGACGCUUGAGACUUGAAC